UGUCGUAGCGCAUGACGUCAGACCAUCAGCUGACACAGCUCGUCGAAGUACAAUUACCAGCUGCAUUUUUCUCGUUUAACAAAUUUCUUUGUUUUUUUGUGGCAUAGUCAUUUUUGUACAAUAUAUUUGGCGGAUUUCGUGAGCGGUUGCAUUAGUGGUCAUUUUAUUUAUAUAAGUUUUGAAAUCACGCUUGUAUUCGUGAAAAGGACUUGGUGUAGUUUGGAUUUUAAGGAGCAGAAGUAUUUCUUCUUUGGGACAAUAUCGGAUGCAUUUGAUAUUCCAAUCGCCUUGGCAUUUGGACAACCAUAAAAAAUGGAAGAUUGUUGCAGUAACGAAGUACGCGGUCAAACAUUUCACAAUUUGUUGAGAUCGGUGCUGGAUUCGAAAGUUAUCAACAUCCAAGUCUUCACCGUGGCCGUAGGCAUACUGUUUAUUGUGAUUCUACUUAAGAAUCGUUUUCGCAGUUUCUGUGGCACUUAAAUUUUUAGUUUAAAAGAGGGGAUGAGUUCGUGCUGAUGUUGUGAUGCAGACUAUGUAUUAUUUUAAUAAAUUAAGGUUCAUUAAAUACAUAUA